AUGGGUACAAUAAUUCAACGUAAAGCAAUACAACUUGCAGAAGGGCUCAAAGUAACAGAUGAAGGUGCAAGUGCAUCUCUUGAGGAUCUUCCUAGAUUUCACAGUGAACUGCAAGAAAUAAUCAAAAAAUACAAACCCGAGGAUAUUUAUAAUACCGAUAAAACUGCACUAUACUUGCGUAUGGAACCAGAUAAAACAUUAGCUGAUGGCCCUGUUGCAGGGAAAAAAAAAGCCAAAGAUUGUGUUACUGUUUUGCUUACAUAUAAUGCAACAAACUUCUUUCUCUGUUUAUAUAUAAAUAUAAAACCUCUCAAGCCCUUAAAAAUAUUGAUAAAUCCUCCUUACCUGUGUAUUAUUACUGGAAUUGUUCCUCUUGAAUGCAAAUAUCCAUUUUUAACAAUUACAUUAAGCAUCUAG